AUGGAUCUCGUGCAGACAGUGCGAAAAGAAGGCAGCCGCGGUGGUCGCGCCGACUUCAAAUGGGAAGACGUCAAGAACGAUGCGCAACGCGAAAACUACCUGGGCCACUCGCUCAUGGCCCCCGUCGGCCGCUGGCAACAAGGACGCGACCUGAACUGGUACGCAAAGGGCGACGAGGAAUCCAAAGAAGCCGAAGCCGCGCGCAUCAAGGAAGAGAAGCGCAAACUGAAGGAGGCCGAGGAAGACGCCAUGCUAGCUGCGAUGGGUCUGCCCGUGCCAGUGCGCAACAACGCGAACCUGACGCCACUCGGCCAGAAGGCACACGAGGCAGAAGUCAAGGACACGCUAGAUGAGAAGGCCAAGGUGGAGGACGACGGCGACAAGGCGAAGAGGAGGGAGAAGAAGGAGCGUUCACGGAGACACAGAGAUGACGACGGAGAGCGAAGGAGACGUCAUCGAUCGCGGAGUCGUUCGCGGGACAGAGAGCGACGCCACAGACAUAGAGAACGUUCACGGUCGCGCGACAGGCGGGGAGACGAUGUGCGCGAUGGGCGCGACGAGAGGCGCAGACACCGAUCACGAAGCCGCGACCAUAAGCGACGAGAAGAUCAUACAGAACGCAGGCGAGACCGCGAUGUCGAUGCGAAGCGAUCAAGAUCACUAUCGAGAGACCGGAGACGGCGAAAGGACACGAGAAGCAGGUCACCACACGAGAGGAGUGAGAGGAGGAGGGAUUGA